GGAGGCAUCCACCUUUUUGCUCACUAGGAAACCACAAAGAGAUCGUAGCAUUUUCCAAGGGAGAGGCGAGCCCACCAGUUUGGGGGGAGGAGGGGAAUAAAAUGCACUUCUGAAUUUAAAAAGAAAAUGGAGGGAAAAUGAACUAGUAGGUGGCUGGGAGAAAAUCAGUGGGAAAGGGGAAAAAGGGAAAGAAAUGGGGAUAGGCGCAAGGGAAAGGAAGGGAAACGCUGCCUCUCUUCAGUUCUCUUCUGCAGCAGGUGAAGAGGGAAGCUUUCUUGGUCAGGAGAGCGGUAAAAGCAGGAUCUCGCUGGCUUCAGUCUGUAUCCAGUGUAAUGAGAAUCUUGCAAGCAGUCUAGGGGGGGUUAGACACUGACCCUCAAAAGGUGUGUAAAGGUAAUGGAGAAUAUGUCUCCCCAUUCCUUAGACUGCCUGGAAAAUCUCAACCAAGAGUUGAUCAGCUAAAACCACCUACAAUGGGAUCAUGCACCGGCGCAGUUCCACUGCCAAAUGUCCAUGUUCCGGCAUGAAAUUCGGCUGAAUCUAAAAAAGAUCAGGAUGUCAGAUAUGGCUUGUUGUGGAUUCCCCGAAACAUAAUGUAUUAGAAGCAGGUCAGUCUGAUGUCAAAGAAUGGUUACAAUUGCUUCCUGUCCUAGACAGUAAACAUUUGGGAAUCUAGCUGGAAAAAAAAUAGGCAAGAACUUGAGAUAUGUAGCUUCAUAUCUGGAGUUUUCAAGUGCUUCAGGAUGCACCGGGAGACAGAUUUUCGUAGUGGACAAGGAGCAGCUACCUUUGAUGUCUGUUUCUGCAGCAGAAUUCACAGGUUUAUGUCCAAAACUGACCAGUUGCUGGUUAUGGUUUUUGUUAUUGUUGUUUUGGUUUUUGUAUUGCGUUUGCUUUGAGAUGUGUACGAGCCUGGAUUUUUCUGGUCACACAGGAGCAGCAACAGCCCGUGCUAACUAUUUUGUCUGUGCAGUUUGGUGGGUUGGGAGCAAUGGAACCAACAGGCUCCAGGUUUCUUUGUUGUGCUACCACCAUGAGAUGGAGCAGCUGCGCUUCUCUGUUUUGUUGGUAGGAUUGGGGGAAAGAAAGGGAUUGAAAAAUAACCGAUUUGGAUGCAGUCAAGUAUCAGGUUGCACAGUCACUAUGAACAAUGGCCCAGCUAUACUACAAAAAGGUAAAUUAUUCACCGUACAGAGACCGGAUCCCAUUGCAGAUUGUGCGAGCAGAAGCAGAGCUCUCGCAAGAAGAGAAGGCCUAUCUCAUUGCUGUGGAGAAGGGGGACUAUGCCAGUGUGAAACAUGCCUUACAAGAGGCAGAAAUCUACUACAACAUCAACAUUAACUGUAUGGAUCCUCUUGGACGCAGUGCCCUUUUAAUAGCCAUAGAGAAUGAAAACCUGGAGAUCAUGGAGUUACUGCUGAGCCACAGUAUUUAUGUGGGAGAUGCUCUGUUGUAUGCAAUACGGAAGGAGGUGGUUGGAGCAGUGGAGCUGCUUCUGAGUUACAGGAAGCCAAGUGGUGAAAAGCAGGUCCCUACCUUGAUGAUGGACACCCAGUUUUCAGAAUUCACCCCUGAUAUCACCCCAAUAAUGUUGGCGGCCCACACCAACAACUACGAAAUCAUCAAACUGCUUGUCCAAAGACGGGUAACAAUACCACGCCCCCACCAGAUCAGAUGCAACUGCGUGGAAUGUGUCUCCAGUUCUGAGGUGGACAGCCUGAGGCAUUCCAGGUCAAGGCUGAACAUCUACAAAGCCUUAGCGAGCCCUUCGUUGAUUGCCUUAUCGAGUGAGGACCCUAUUUUGACAGCCUUCCGGCUGGGCUGGGAGCUGAAGGAGCUCAGCAAAGUGGAGAAUGAGUUCAAGGCUGAAUACGAAGAGCUUUCGCAGCAGUGCAAACGUUUUGCUAAGGACCUUUUGGACCAGGCACGGAGCUCCAGGGAACUGGAGAUCAUUCUCAACCACAGGGAUGAUCAGAGUGAGGAGCUGGAUCCCCAAAAAUGUCAUGAUUUGGCAAAGCUAAAGGUAGCAAUAAAGUAUCAUCAGAAAGAGUUUGUUGCUCAGCCAAACUGCCAGCAGCUGUUAGCUACACUUUGGUACGACGGCUUUCCGGGAUGGAGGCGGAAACACUGGGCAGUCAAGCUCUUGACCUGCAUCACCAUUGGACUGCUAUUUCCUGUGCUUUCUGUGGCAUAUUUAAUUGCACCUAAGAGCAGGCUGGGACUGUUCAUUAAAAAGCCAUUUAUAAAGUUUAUCUGCCACACCGGUUCUUAUCUAACCUUCCUCUUCAUGCUACUUCUGGCAUCGCAGCACAUUGUCAGGACUGAUCUCCAUGUGCAGGGACCACCUCCCACCAUCGUUGAAUGGAUGAUCCUACCCUGGGUUCUAGGUUUUAUCUGGGGAGAAAUCAAGGAGAUGUGGGAUGGUGGAUUCAAUGAGUAUGUACAUGACUGGUGGAAUCUGAUGGACUUUGCAAUGAACUCACUCUACCUUGCAACUAUCUCCCUGAAAAUCGUUGCUUAUGUCAAGUAUAAUGGUUCUCGUCCAAGGGAGGAAUGGGAAAUGUGGCACCCGACACUCAUUGCAGAAGCUCUCUUUGCAAUAUCCAACAUUUUAAGUUCCUUGCGUCUCAUAUCCCUGUUUACAGCAAACUCCCACCUGGGCCCCUUGCAGAUCUCUCUGGGACGCAUGCUGCUAGACAUCCUCAAAUUCCUUUUUAUCUACUGUCUGGUGCUUCUGGCUUUUGCCAAUGGACUGAACCAGCUUUAUUUUUAUUAUGAGACCAGUGCCUCGGAGGAACCCAACAACUGCAAGGGGAUCCGAUGUGAGAAACAGAACAAUGCCUUCUCCACACUUUUUGAGACCCUCCAGUCGCUCUUCUGGUCUGUGUUUGGUCUGUUGAAUCUCUACGUCACCAACGUGAAGGCUAGGCAUGAGUUCACGGAGUUUGUCGGAGCCACCAUGUUCGGAACAUACAAUGUCAUCUCCCUAGUCGUUCUGCUGAACAUGCUCAUAGCCAUGAUGAACAACUCCUACCAGCUGAUCGCUGACCACGCGGAUAUUGAGUGGAAGUUUGCACGGACAAAGCUGUGGAUGAGUUACUUUGAUGAAGGUGGCACUCUGCCCCCUCCAUUUAAUAUUAUCCCAAGUCCCAAGUCAAUCUGGUACCUUUGCAAGUGGAUCCACAAGCAGCUGUGCCCCGACAUGGACUCUGAGGAUGAACAGAAGAGGCAUGAAAACCUAAAAACAUUCACAGAACGGCAUGCUGACAACCUGAUUCAGAAUCAACAUUACCAGGAAGUGAUCAGAAAUCUAGUGAAAAGAUAUGUUGCAGCAAUGAUACGAAAUUCCAAAACCAACGAGGGAUUAACUGAAGAAAACUUUAAGGAAUUAAAGCAGGACAUAUCUAGCUUUCGCUAUGAAGUUCUUGACCUCUUGGGAAACAGGAAACCCCAGAGGAGAAGUUACUCUACUAGCAGCACAGAGGUCUCCCAAAAGGAUGAAACCAACGAGGAUGGUGCUGGAGAAAAAGCUAAAGCCAAGAGUGUUUCUUUCAAUAUAGACAACAAGAAAAAAGAUUUCAAUGUGUCAGCUCUGAUUAAAACUAUGUCUGGGAUUGAAAUUGUGGAAGAGAAACCAAAAAGCAAUGGAAUAAAUAAGCGCUCUUUCGUCCGAAACGGGAAUAGGGUUCAGAGGCUUUCGAGCUCCAAGAAAGAGUCUUUCAAAAGACUGGGUCUCCUCUUCUCGAAGAUGAAUGGACACGUGCCUGAGCCAGAUUCAGAGCCUAUGUACACUAUUUCAGAUGGAGUUAUUCAGCCACAUUACAUGUGGCAAGACAUUAAAUAUUCUCAGAUUGAUAAAGAGAGAGAAGAGAACUGUUCCAAAAGUGAAAUUAACCUCAAUGAGGUGGACUACAGUGGGAACAUGAGACUUACAGGACAGAGCAAGGAAUGCCCUAUGGUUUGUACCAGCUCUCUUCACUGUGCUUCCAAUAUUUGCUCCUCUAAUUCCAAACUUAUAGACUCCACCGAGGAUGUGUUUGACUCCUGGGGAGAGACCCGUGACUUGCUUAUAAACCAGUGGAAAGAUGGGCAGGAAGAUCAUAUUACAACUCGGCUAUAAGUAAAGCUAUUAAACACCUGCUAUAGGACGUAGCUAAAUAUUUGUCAUUGUUUGCUAUCACCGAUGGUUCAGAGUCAGGAGUCCCUUUCGGUCCCUAGCAUUGGGUGUAAGAAUCUAGUCAUUUUAGCCUGUUUUAUAGCCACCCUUACCACAUUUUUUUAUUUGCCUUUUUACACUCACCAGUGCUGAACUAUUUACCAGUUUGGGCCAAUGUUAAGGAUGUUCAAUACUAUGCAGCAGAGGUGCAGAGUGCUGUUCCCUACCAAUUGCUAUGCUUAGCUUGUAGGUGCUUACUGUAAACCCCAAGGUUCUUUUAUUGAUGCAGAUCCAGUCUUCAGAUCCCAUAAACCUCAGCUAUUUUGGUGGCAGAGUAAAGGACCUGUACAGCUUCUUUCCUAAUCCAACUAUCUGGUUGUUCACUGGAUGUCAGAGACAGAUGUUGCCUCCUGAUUCAAUGGGUGCAGG